AUGGCACUAAUUAAUGAAAGUCACCCUGAAGAGUUUAUUCUACUAGGCUUUGCUGACCAUCAUUGGCUAGAGCUUCCUCUAUUUAUUAUUCUUCUGAUAAUAUAUCCCAUAGACAUGAUAGGAAACAUUGCAAUCAUUCUGGUGUCCAGGUUAGACCCCCAUCUCCACAGCCCCAUGUAUUUCUUCCUCUCCAACCUCUCCUUUUUGGACAUGUGUUACACCACAAGCAUUGUCCCUCAGAUGCUGUGUAACCUGGGAAGCUCUACAAAGACAAUCAGCUAUACUUGGUGUGUGGUUCAGCUUUAUUUCUACAGCAUAAUGGGAGGCACAGAAUGUCUACUCUUGGCCAUUAUGUCUGUUGACCGCUAUGUGGCCAUCUGCAGACCUCUGCACUACUCUCUCAUCAUGAAUCAGCACAUCUGUAUCCUAUUAGUGUCCAUUGCGUGGCUGACUGGAAUGAUCUAUGCAAUCUCUGAAGCUUCUAUUACACUCCAGUUGCCAAUGUGUGGUGUAAAUAUACUUGAUCACUUGGUGUGUGAAAUUCCAGUUCUGAUAAAAACUGCCUGUGGUGAAAAACAGGCUAAUGAAUUUGCACUCUUUUGGGGAUGUAUUUUUAUGUUAGUUGUUCCUCUAUGCUUAAUUCUUGCUUCCUAUGGUAGUAUCGGACAUGCUAUAUUGAAAAUCAAAUCUUCUGAAGGAAGGAAAAAGGCCUUUGGGACAUGUUCUUCUCAUCUCAUUGUAAUUUUCUUAUUUUCUGGUCCAGCCAUUAGCAUGUACCUUCAGCCCCCCUCCUCCAUCUCUAGGGACCAGCCCAAAUUCAUGGCUCUGUUCUAUGGAGUGGUGACUCCUACAAUCAACCCCUUCAUCUAUACCCUGAGGAAUAGGGAUGUGAAGGGGGCAUUAGGCAACCUGGUGAGGAGUAUUUUCUGUCGCAAGUGA